ACUUCCUCUCUCUAUAACUGUAACCUCGAAUCCAUGGCUACAACUACAGCUCUUCCGCUUCAAAUCUUCGUCCUGAUCUCUAUCCUCCUCUCCAAUUCCAUCACCGCCGCCGUCAGGGGCGGCUCUUCUUCAAACUCGCAGGAGACACCACCGCCACCGUUCCAAGAGCACGCAUAUCCGUCAUCUCUCUUCGGCCCCAUCCUAGCCAAACUCGGCUUCCAUGGAUUCUCCGCCGGCGCUCCAUCAAUCUUCAACGCCACCACAUGGAGCGGCCCCACCACAAUCUUCGCUCCCUCCGACUCUUCUCUCCUCGGCUGCCGUUCCUGCUCCGUUCCUCUUUUCCUCCGUGAACACACCGUCCCAGGCCUCUUCCCUCUCCACUACCUCCGCACUUUGCCUUUCGGCACCAAGAUCGAAACCCUAUCCCCGGGCCGAUGCAUCACCAUCACGUUCUUUAACGCUUCUCAAGUCUACGUCGGCGGCGUGAAGAUCACUCGUCCAGAUCUCUACAACGAUGGCCUCGUCACUGUUCACGGUCUCCAAGGCUUCAUGUCUCAUCUAUCGCCGUACUCUUGCGAGGUAGAGCGAAUGACUUCUCUCUCCUUCCCACAUACACCUCCUGCGUCGCCGUUUCUCAUGCGUAUGAUGUUGAAAGACACGAUGCACCGCCUCACCAUCAGCGGUUACGGCGUGGUCGCUCUAGCGCUGAGAGUCAAGUAUCCGGAUCUCCUGAACCUUCACUCUAUGACGGUGUUUGCUCUCGAUGAUGUCGCGAUCUUCUCCGGAGCCGGAUUUAAUUACGUCACUCAUUUCAGGUUCCAUAUUGUGCCUAAUAGGCUCCUGAUGGCCACUGAUUUGGAGAGUUACCUGACAGGGACGCUGUUGCCGACGAUGGAGCAUGGGCAGAAGCUGGUGGUGACCACCGACGGACGUGCCGGAGUUUCAAAAUCGGCUAUCGGUAUCAACUACGUGAAGAUCAAGAGUCCUGAUUUGAUGUACAACCUCAAGAUCGUCGUUCAUGGACUCUACGUGCCGUUUCCACACAUUCAUCGGACGGUUGCGGAGGAUUUGAGCCAGGUCGGAGGGUCAGGAGACGUUGUCAGAAAGCCUAAUAACAUUCUGGAGAUCGUGGUCCCCACGCCGGUGAUUGAAUCGACGGUAGAGAUUGACGAUCAUCAUAGCCUGUGAGAUCUCUGAUUCACUUGCAUUACUACUUCUAGAUGUACUGGAAUAAAGCUCUUACAUUCUUUCUGCUUCUGUUUUGUGCUUUGUAGUACUUGUUCUUAACUCAGAAGCACUUCUUAGUUCACAGCAUUGAGUGAUUGUACACUUCCAUUUUUCUAAUUUGGGGAAUUCAA